GAUCCGUCAUAAUUAAAUCGUAAACCUGAAAGUAGUAUAAAAUGUACGCUGACAAAGUUAAUACUCUAUAUUUUAUACUUCUACGUCGUAUAUUAGUACAAUAUUGUCAAAAUCUCAAAAUUAUUGCACCAAAAACAAUUGUCCAAAUUAAAUUGUUUCAAUUUGCAACCCUUCAAAAAUCGGAGUAUCGAACUAUACGUCUUUAUGAUCAUGUUUUUAAGAUGAACUGAACACACUCUUGUUUAAAAAAAAAAAAAAAAGUCAAUCUCUCAUUCAAGUCAAAAUUAUAUAAAAGUUCUCUCUCCCCAUCAAUCUCCUUCGUCCCCAUUUCCAGUUCCGCGAUCAACGCAAAUCAUUCCGCCAUCACUUUCUGCAUCUUACUCACACUCACUCCAUUUCUCACACACAUUUUCACCCAUUUUCUCUCUCCUAAUUCCGCCAUGUCCAAAACCCUCCAUUUCUCUCUCCUCCUUCUCCUUCUCCUCUUAACCCCCCUUCUCUCUUCUUCCUCCGCCGACAACCCCACCUCCUCCGCCGCCGACGACAGCGAUGAAUUAUCGGAGUUCGAAGAACUCUUAGCACUCGACGAACAAGAUGAAAUCGACCAUGGUUCAUCGUCACCAUCUUCAGAAGCUAGAGUAUUGAGCAAAGCUCAGAGAAUUGUGGUGGAAUUGAAUAAUGAUAAUACCCAGAAAAUUAUUGACCAAAUUGAGUUUGUUCUUCUUCUGGGUUAUACUCCUUGGUGCCCUAGAAGUGCUGAAUUAAUGCCCCAAUUUGCUGAAUCUGCUAAUUUUUUGAAUGAUUUGGGUUCCCCCCUUUUGAUGGCUAAGCUUGAUGCUGAAAGGUACCCUAAAACGGCGUCGUCUUUGGGUAUUAAGGGUUACCCUACUCUGCUUCUUUUCAUCAAUGGCACUUCUCAGCAGUAUACUGGUGGAUUUUCUGCAGAGGAGAUACUGAUUUGGGCAAGGAAGAAGACGGGUGAGCCUGUUGUUAGAUUGAAUUCAGUUGCUGAAGCUGAGGCAUUUGCUAAGAAAUACAGUAUGUAUGCUGUUGGGCUGUUUGAGAAUUUUGAGGGUCCUCAGUAUGAAGAAUAUAUCAACGCCGCAAUAUCGGACAAUGAAAUUCAGUUUGUUGAAACUAAAUCCGAUGAGGUUGCAAAAUUUCUUUUCCCUGAUACCAAGAUCACAAAACCUUUUAUAGGUCUAGUCAAGAGUGAACCAGAAAGAUAUACUAGAUUUGAAGAGCCCCUAGAGAUGGACAAUAUAUUGCAGUUUUUGGAACACAACAAGUUUCCAUUAAUUACAACUCUAACUGAGUUGAAUUCUGUUAAAGUCUACUCAAGCAAAAUUAAAUAUCAGGUUUACGUGUUUGCAGAUUCUGAUGAGUUUAAGUCCCUUCUUGUGCCUCUUCAAAAAGUUGCCAAGAAGUUUAAGUCAAAGAUAAUGUUCAUAUAUGUAGACAUUACCGAGGAGAACCUGGCAAAACCUUUCCUGACUCUGCUUGGACUAGAAGAAUCUCAGAAGACUGUUGUUGCUGCGUUUGAUAGUAAGAUUAGCACAAAGUAUCUGUUGGAAUCAGAACCUACUCCAAGCAAAUUAGAAGAUUUUUGCUCUGGACUAUUAGAUGGGACUGUUCCAAUGUAUUAUAAGUCACAGACUAUACCUGAUAAUGAAAAUGCUAGCAUCCACGCUGUAGUGGGAAAGACAUUUGAUGACCUGGUUUUGAGUAGUUCCAAGAAUGUUUUUCUUGAGGUCUACACACCAUGGUGCAUGACUUGUGAUGCUGUAAGCAAGCAAGUAGAGAAGUUGGCGAAGCAUUUCAAAGGAUUGAAAAAUCUGUUAUUUGCAAAGAUAGAUGCUUCUGUAAAUGAGCAUCCAAAACUUCAGGUUACUGACUACCCAGCUCUACUGUUUUAUCCAGCGGCUGAUAAAUCAAAUCCAAUUAAACUGCAGCCGAAGUCCAGUUUGAAGGAUUUGGGAGCAUUUAUUAAGAAAAAUGUCAAAGCUGAAGAACAUCCAGCUAACGACGAAUUAUAAAUACCUUACUUUUAGUUUCUCAGUUUCUUCAGACCGUCGGGAAUCAGAAAACGAAAUGUCAAAAACCAAAACAGGAAAGAGGAAUAGAAACCGUGUGUAGAUUUAAGGAUGAAAUUAAUGACGAUAGUUUUGUAACAUAAACCACAGAUAUUUUAGACUGAUUUCCAGUUUUGAGUAUUCAUAAAGAAAAUAGAUGGAAUAUUGAAUUCGAUUCAUGUAAAAUGGUCCAUCACCCAUUAAUUUAAGGGGUUGACAGAUCAAUAGCAAUCUUUGGCUCUUUUGUCCAUACCUGAACAGAUUAUCUUGUUGAAAGUCUAAAUGUGUUCCCUUUUAUUUUA